UCCACCUAGCUGCUUUUUGCAUCACUAGUGUUUCGGCUUUAAGAAUGUUGCGCCAGUUAAGUAAACGUUUAUAUUGCAAAAUUGCAACAAAGGCAAAUGAAAAGUCCACUAAAUUGGACUUCAAGCAGCUGACGCAUCCAACCAAGGUGCCACAGACUCCUGUGGAAACGGCAUUUCCCGACACCAGCUCUCCGGAAAUCGAGAUCGACACGAAGACCAUUCAGUUACUGGAGCGGUUGUCCCUGGUCGAUUUGGAUAGUGAUCGUGCACUCGCCACGUUAAAAAGCAGCAUCCAGUUCGCGGACAAGAUAGCCCAUAUCGACACGGAACACGUCCGUCCACUUUACACUGUUCUGGAGCAUCAGCAACUCCAGUUACGCAACGACCAGGUGACCGAGGGCGAUAGCCGGACGGAGGUGCUCCGAAACGCCAAGGUAACGGACGAGGACUACUUCGUCUCGCCGCCGGGCAACAUUCCGCUUGAGCAAUGA